CUCUGUCUCUAUAACAGAAUCCCUCACUUACCCAUUCCUCUAUUGCCAUCUGUCGCUGUCUAAACCCAAGGAAACUUCCUGCCAACUUCCCUUCAAUCCACUACCUUAUUGCCUUGUUCUCCUGCCAUAUACCAGCACUAUUGAGGUCUCAUCAUUUUCCAAUAAUCUGGAUCUUAAUGAAGUAGCUAGUGCCUGCUAUGACGUUGUGAAGAACACGAGUCUUUUCUAUUAUCUUGGGUUCUGCUCAUCGGUGGAUGAUCUUUUUUCCCAUCUCUUGACGUUCACUGCUUAUAUAAGUCGUCGAUUCAUUCAUUUCAUUGAGGAUCUUGCACUCCGAGAUAUCUAUAGAUACUCAGAAGAUUUGGUUGUCAUUUCAUCUGGACAACAUCCAAGAGCUUCAAGACAAAGCAUUUGUAAAUCUGCUCUGGAAGAAUGUUCUUCGUCAUCUAAUUCUUACAUUGCUGAUACAGUGCGUGGAAGAAGAGCCUUGGACCUCAAGAAAGGAUUGUUUGUAAAUAAAAGAUUCGAAGUUAUAGAAACCAAUUACAGAUAUCAGGGCAUCCCUUUCAUUUUUCACUGGUUGAUGCUUCCAUUGUUUGGUUUACAACUUGCCUGGAGAUUGACACUGGGUUGCUGGAGAUGUUCUUUCUAUUACGUCAAAUGUGCUCAAGUUCAAGUUCGUAGCAUUAUUUCUCGGGUGCGUACUACUUUGCGUGGUUCUUCUGAUGAUAUUGGAUGGUUGCAAAACACUCCGGGACUACCUCCUGUGGAAGAUGGAACAGCGAGAUUUUUGGAACUCCUCGACUCCAUAAGGAAUGGAGAGCACACACUACCAAACUCAUUUGUUUAUCUACUAAUUCCAGGCCUUUUUAGCAACCAUGGUCCUUUAUAUUUUGUGGCCACUAAGCGAUUCUUUUCAAAGAAAGGUCUAGCUUGCCAUAUUGCUAAAAUCCACAGUGAGGCAUCAGUUGAGCACAAUGCUUGGGAACUGAAGCAAUACAUCGAGGAACUUUACUGGGGAUCUGGCAAGCGUGUGAUGCUGCUUGGGCACAGUAAGGGUGGGGUUGAUGCUGCUGCUGCUUUGUCAAUUUACUGGUCUGACCUCAGAAAUAAAGUUGCAGGACUGGCACUUGUACAGAGCCCGUAUGGUGGCACCCCUGUAGCUUCCGAUAUACUGCGUGAAGGCCAAAUUGCCGAUAAAGAAACCCGGAGGAUCAUGGAGCUUAUAAUAUGCACGAUAAUUAAGGGAGAUAUACGAGCUUUAGAAGAUCUCACAUAUGAAAAACGGAAGGAGUUCAUCAUGAAUCACAAACUCCCAGACGAAAUCCCUCUGAUCUCCUUCCACUCGGAAGCAAGCAUAGGUCCUGGUGUCCUUGCCACGAUGACCCACAUAGCUCAUGCAGAACUUCCAUGGCUUCCCCUGCCAAACUUUGGGUCUGAGGAAUCAGAUAAUUUAGUGCAAGCAGGACGGCAGGUGCCUGUUGUAAUUCCUAUUUCUGCCGCCAUGGCUAUGUGUGCACUCCAUCUGCAGCUGAGAUAUGGGGAGCAGAGUGAUGGAUUAGUAACGUGCCGUGAUGCAGAAGUUCCAGGUUCUGUGGUAGUGAGACCAAACCGAAAGCUCGACCAUGCUCUGAUGGUUUACUCUUCAUGGAACAAGAAUCCUAGUGAGCCUGAUGCCUGUGAAAUGUGUGAGGCACUUCUGACUAUGCUGGUGGAGCUUGGAAAGAUGAAGCAAGGACAAAUUUAGUUUGGAUUCUUAUAUGCUUUGCUUCUCUAAUUUUAUAUCUUUUAAACCUUUAAAUCCAUUUAAUUGCAGAAAUGAUGCUAAACUAAAUGCUUGCUCAAUAUUCCUUUCAACUUAUAUAUAAAUAUAAUUGAUCCCCACAGGACAUCAUAUGCAGUUUCCUGAACGGCUGCACUGCAUGGGCUUUAAAGGCUUGUCUUUUAAUAGUGUUAAUGGCCUUAACUUUCAAUAUAAA